CAAAUCUCAUAAAAUUACCCCAUUUAGAAUGUAACAGCCUUAAGAUAUAAAUCAUAACUAGUUUGGAUAUCAUACUGUUGAGUUACAUAGCUUGAACAGCAUGGGUGUCAGCUGGGAUCAAAUCCUCUUCUCUCAGAGUCAAGUGGCCAGAAGGAUGGAGACAGCCCUCCUGCUGUUGCACUAACAGCACAAUCCAUUUCACAAUCAAGUUGAGAAAAUUACACGACACUUCGCCUUUGAUUUAGACCCUUAAUUUAUUUGGAAGUUGCCAGCUUUAUAAUUUUCCGAAUAACAGUAAUGCGCGCAGUUUGCGCGUCACCUGACAGUUGGCGCGCGCCACCUUUCUGCUACGCUCCUACGUCCGUUCCAACGAACUCCCCCGAAAGUGAUGCGUGAACUUAAUGGCGGGGCUUUGCUCGGGCUCAGCCACGGCUGCGGUGCUGUCACCCUCCGGUGACCAGAUGACACUGAUAGCUGCUUUUGUUGUUGCCGUGACGUCAGCGCGAGCUGCAAAGAAGCUGGCAAGAUGGUAUAAAAGGCUGUUUGAAGAGGGGCGCUCCUGCUCAGAAAUCAAGAUGCGCUCUCCGAGCUUCAUCCCAGUCGCUGCUCUGCACCUCUCUUUGAUUGGUGCACUACAAGGUUACAAAUGGACGUACAGUGGACCAGAGGGAGAGCACCACUGGUCCAAACACUAUCCAUAUUGUGGCGGUUCUUUCCAGUCUCCAAUAGACAUCAAGUCAGAGCUGUUGAGGUUUGACCCAACUUUACGACCUAUUGAGGUUCAAAACUACAACCUGUCCCCAGACGAGCAGCUGACUCUUGGUAACAAUGGACAUGCAUUGCAAAUAUCUUUGCCUUCGAAGAUGCACAUCUCAAGCUUGCAGCAUCGUUAUAGUGCAGCUCAGCUGCAUUUCCACUGGGGCUCCUCCAGUCAAAUCGCUGGUUCUGAACACAUGGUGAACAGCAAACAGUAUGCAGCAGAGAUGCACGUAGUACACUACAAUUCAGACAAGUACCCCAAUAUAUCCUAUGCUGUUGACAAAUCUGAUGGCUUGGCCGUGCUGGGUGUCCUCAUUGAGGUCGGAGAGUUUAAUCCAACGUUUGAACAGUUUUUAAGGUUCAUCAACGGCAUCAAAUAUCGAAAUCAAAAAGUUCAGGUGCCUGGUUUUAACAUUCGAGCCCUGCUGCCUGCUCGUUUGGAUGAAUAUUAUCGAUAUGAUGGCUCAUUGACGACUCCCCCGUGCUAUCCCAGUGUUUUGUGGACGGUGUUCAGAAAUACCAUGACGGUUUCUCAAAAACAGUUUAAUGCCCUGGCUACAGCGCUCUACUCCUCCUCUGCCCAGGAUUCAGCCACAAUCCCACUUCAGAGCAACUACAGGAAACCACAGCUGGUCGACAGCAGAAUUGUCCUGGCAUCUUUUAAAGAAGAUGACCUUUCUUGGAUCAACACCGGCUUACUGGCCCCUAUUCUGGUGAUUUCAGCACUGGGAUUUGCUUUCAUAGUCUCUUUCAUUUGCUGCCUAUUUAAGCAAAAGAGAUCUGCUGCAGAUCAUAAUGAAAGCAAAAGAGUCGGAUACACUAUUGGAGACCGAGACGAGUACGGCUCCAGAGUAUAAUUCUCCCUUUAAAGGAUCUUUGCAGGACUAUUGACUUCUCAUUUGUUGUAUUGGUGAAAUUGUUCUGUGGCUCAUUUUGAACGUUUAUGCAUGCGUGCAUAAACAGUUGAGUUUGCAUGCAGCUCUAGGUUUUUGAAAAUUAGUUUUCUUCCCUUUAAGUUCGGCUUUUGUUUUGGCCUGUGUUGUACCAGGAAGGACAUGUUUGUCUUGACAGUGUGGUGAGGGUCUGUAGGACGGAUCUAUUAGGAUGUAUUCAGGUAAGCAGAGCACAGCUUGAGUUGAACUUUGAAUUUUGGGUCAAAUCCGAUCUUGGGUCCCAUUCCACAGUUGAGCACUAAUAAGGUAGAAAGCCCAACCACACUCCAAACAAUAGAGAGACAUGCAUCAUUACUGGAAAGCCAGAGAAGCACGGGCUGUACCACAUUUCCGCUAACCCUGUUGUUAGACUUGCUCGAUGGAUUUUAUAAUAAAAGGGUUUUGAGCUGCAUACAAAUGCAGCGCCUUUCCUUUGGAUAAUGCUGAGGGCGACAAAAAAAGGCUUUUGUGCUCUCAGGCUGAAAGUGGGCUGACUUCUAACCUCUGUCCGUUCACAAGACUCACUUCUCAGCACAACAGCCUCUCAGGAAAGCACUUGUCAAGUCAGAACGCUGGAAAGUUAAAACUGUAAAAGAAAAUUGGGAAUCACUGUCUGUGGUUCUGAGUUUCCUUUUUUCUUUAAAUGUAUAUUCAAAUGUUAUUGCCUAGUGUUUGAAUGGAAUAAACUUUAAAAGAUCAAAUUAGUUGGUUAAACAAUCGUAAAAUGACUUUUCCCUUCAGUUCAAUUUUGAGUUUUUGGUAUAGUUUUUUUUGUUUGUUAUUUAUAAUUACAAAAACACAUAACUUACAAGUUUUCAAUAAAGUUUUUGCAUGUGAAUUGCUAAGUGUAGCUUCUUGUUUCCCUGGUUUCCAAGAGAAUUAUCUAUAGCCAAUAACUUGUGUUCUCUACAACUGUAUCAUUGUGUUAAGUGAUUGUAAAUAAACACUGUGAUCAAUAAAAUGUUUUCAAAUGCAAUUCUA